GCGUCUCUUCUUCUGCUUCUCUGAACAGAGCAGAUGCGCUGCACCAAGGGCUUGUGGUGUCUGUUUCCUGCUGCACGGCUGGCAUGUGAGCCUAUGAGGAGAGGAAGCGGGUCCGCCGAGGAGGGUGGAGGGCUUCGCGGCUUCGCGGCUGACAGCUGCUGGACCCAAAGAUCUUCCUCAGUCUGCACUGCAGCUCACAGAGCACUUUCCCAGCACCUCCUGUCAGUCUUCCUGGACCUUGUGAUGUCAGGAGUUGUCGGGAGUGAAGCUGGGGACCCUGGACUCAGCUUGCUGAAGGCCAUUAGAGCUAGUGGAUCUUUUGGAUCCAGACACUUUGCCUUUAAAAAAAAAAAGAACUUUGUGUUCUGGUGUCUGCAAGGUGCUGUCAGCUGGAAUGCUCGCCAAUUCCCGUGCCAACUUCUAAGGCUGAAACCCCACGGAGCCGACUGGAGAAUGCCUUCCGAACGCUGUCUCAGUAUUCAAGGCAUGCUGACGGGCCAUCGGCUCUGCCACUCGGAGUCUCACAACGACAGCGUCCUGGCUGCGCUGAACCAACAGAGAAGCGACGGCAUCCUUUGCGACGUGACCCUGAUCGCAGAGGAGCAGAAGUUCCACGCCCACAAGGCCGUCCUAGCAGCCUGCAGCGACUACUUCCGGGCAAUGUUCAGCCUUUGCAUGGUGGAGAGCGGGGCUGAUGAGGUGAAUUUGCACGGUGUCACCAGCCUUGGCCUGAAGCAGGCUCUGGAAUUCGCUUACACAGGGCAGAUCUUGCUGGAGCCAGGGGCGAUCCAGGACGUGCUGGCGGCAGGCAGCCACCUGCAGCUGCUGGAGCUUCUCAGCCUGUGUUCCCACUAUCUCAUCCAGGAACUGAACAGCUUUAAUUACUUGCAUCUGUACAGACUUGCGGACCUCUUCAGCCUCACUCUGCUGGAGAAGGCCGUGAUCGAUUUCCUCGUGAGGCAUCUCUCAGAACUCCUCAAGAGCCGGCCGGAAGAUGUUCUCACGCUGCCGUACUGUCUGCUUCAGGAAGUCCUGAAGAGUGACCGGCUGACCUCACUGAGCGAGGAGCAGAUCUGGCAGCUGGCUGUGAGGUGGCUGGAACACAACUGCCAUGACCAACACAUGGACGAGCUCCUGCAGUGCAUUCGCUUUGGCCUGAUGGACGCGGACACUCUCCACACGGUCGCUCUGUCGCACCCCCUUGUCCAGGCGAGCGAGACGGCGACAGCCCUGGUCAAGGAGGCCCUGGAGUACCACCAGAGCGUGUACGCACAACCCGUGUGGCAGACGUGCCGCACCAAGCCGAGGUUCCAGUCGGACACCCUCUACAUCGUCGGUGGGAAAAAGCGGGAGGUGUGCAGAGUCAGGGAGCUCCGCUACUUCAACCCCGUGGACCCGGACAAUGCCCUGGUCGCGGCCGUGGCCAACUGGAGCGAGCUGGCACCCAUGCCCGUGGGCAGGAGCCACCACUGUGUGGCCGUCAUGGGCGGCUUCCUGUUCGUGGCCGGAGGGGAGGUGGAGCACGCCAGCGGCCGGACGUGCGCCGUGAGGACAGCCUGUCGCUACGACCCUCGCAGUGACUCCUGGGCCGAGAUCGCGCCCAUGAAGAACUGCCGGGAGCACUUCGUUCUGGGCGCCACGGAGGAGCAUCUGUACGCCGUCGGGGGCAGAAACGAGCUGCGCCAGGUUCUGCCCACGGUGGAGCGCUACUGCCCCAGGAAGAACAGAUGGGCCUUCGUGCAGGCCUUCGACCGCUCGCUCUCCUGCCACGCGGGCUCCGUGGCCGACGGCCUGCUCUGGAUCUCAGGUGGAGUAACUAAUACGGCACAGUACCAGAACAGACUAAUGGUAUAUGAACCUGACCAGAAUAAGUGGAUAAGCCGCAGCCCCAUGCUGCAGAGGAGAGUCUACCACUCCAUGGCGGCUGUUCAGAGGAAGCUUUAUGUCCUUGGAGGCAACGACCUGGACUGUAACAAUGACCGGGUCCUAGUGCGGCACAUAGACUCUUACAACAUAGACACUGACCAGUGGACGCGCUGCGACUUCCACCUGCUGACUGGCCAGAAUGAAUCUGGAGUCGCCGUCCAUAGCGAGAGGAUAUAUUUAGUUGGUGGAUAUUCGAUUUGGACAAAUGAGCCUCUGGCUUGCAUCCAGGUCUUGGAUGUGAGCAGAGCAGGCAAGGAAGAAGUGUUCCACGGGCCCACGCUCCCCUUUGCUUCCAACGGGGUAGCGGCAUGCUUCCUCCCUGCCCCCUGCUUCACGUGCCCGAACCUCCAGACGCUUCAAGAGCCUCUGCACAGGAUCGGCACCACCUGAAAAGCCAGCGUCCUCUCUAACCAUGAACAUCAUGAACAGAAAAGAAAAAAGACCUGACUUUUGGGUGUUGCGUAGGAAAGACUCAGCGUUUCAUGCUUCCUUGUUUUAUGUCAUCUAUUCAGAUAAACAUUAGCAAAAAAAAAAAAAAGUUGUUUUCUAAGAGACAUUACUGAGGCCUCCCGCCAGCCUCCCCACCCUGUCAGCCAGCGUAACCUGUGGGACUUUUACUCUGCUGGAGGUCAGUGCCAACGCGGUGGUCCAUUAUCUUUCCGUGGGUCUAGAAUUUUCUUUGCUGUUUAGUGUCGGGCUAGUGUGGGGGUGCCUCUUCCCCGGGGGCUGGAGAGAACUCGGCCAGACUCAGCCUGGGCUGCUACUCCCAGCGACGCGGGAGACAGAUGACUCAGGACCAAGCUCACAGUGGUAGC